AUGGCUACCGCUCUAUAUACCGCGAAAGAGUUUAUACUUCUUUCUUUGCCUGUAAAUGCUCAACCAUCAUCAGCUCCUAGUAUGGAUGCGACUGCUUGGUUACAACAGAGUCUGCUUGGAGGCAAGACAUUUCAAGCAGAGUUCAAGAUCCCCGAAUUUAAGAUUGGGUCUCUAGAUAGCUUGGUGCUUGAAUCUGAAGAGUUGUCGAAGAUCGACGGGCAAAUUGGUGCAUCAGUGGCGAAGAUUGUGGAAAUCUUGAAUGGUUUGACCGAAUCCGAAACGAACGCUUACAAAACCAUCUCCAUCGGGAACGUGCCCAUUGUGGAGUACCUAGAGAAUUUUCAUUGGCAAACACGCAAGUUUAAGCUUGAUAAGUCUAUCAACGAGCUGAUCCACGACAUCUCCACGGAAUCGUUCCAACUCGAUGCCGACGUGCGGGCCACAAACAGCAACUACAGUAAUGCUAAGACCAACCUGGCGGCUGCCGAGAGAAAGAAGACCGGUAACUUGUCGGUGAGAUCGCUGCACGACAUCGUCAAGCCCGAGGACUUCGUCCUGAACUCGGAGUACUUGACAACGGUGCUGGUCGCGGUGCCCAAGACGCUCAAGGGCGACUUCGAGUCCAGCUACGAGACGCUUGCCAAGAACGUCGUGCCCGGCUCCGCCAGCAUCUUGAAGCAGGAUGACGAAUACCUCUUGUACAACGUGCACCUGUUCAAGAAGUCCGUGAACGAGUUCGUGUCGGCGUGCCGCGAGAAGAAGUUCAUCCCACGUGACUUCAACUAUUCCGAGGAGCUCAUCGACCAACUCAAGCGCGAGCACGACUCCGCGGCCAGCCUCGAGCAGUCGCUGCGUGUGCAGCUCGUGCGCCUCGCCAAGACCGCCUACGCCGACGUCUUCAUCAACUGGUUCCACAUCAAGGCUCUGCGCAUCUUCGUCGAGAGCGUGUUGCGCUACGGGCUCCCUCCCCACUUCAACACCAAGAUCAUCGCCGUGCCUCCUAAGACCCUCGACAAGUGCAAGGCUGAGCUCGUCCAACAGUUCGGCUACUUGGGUGGGAAUGCUUUCUCCAAGGACAAAAAGACCGGUAAGAUCAACCAGAACGACACCAGCUUGCACGAGUACGCCGGUCUGGUCGAUCCAGACUACGAGCCCUUCGUCAUGUAUACAGUGGCCCUCGAGUAG